CUGGCCGUGGAAUUCCCAUCAGAAGACAUUUUUUUAGUGACAGCUUCUCCAGUUAUAAAAGCUAUAACAAAUUUCAAACAGGUCUCCAAAACACUUGAGGAAUUUGACGUAGAAGAGCAACCAAGUUCUCUGUUAGAAAAACGCUAUCCCAAUAUUAAAGUUAUACAGUCUGGAGUAAAACAAUUGAACAGCAAUGAACAUAAAAUUUUCACUGAAGAUGGGAGAGAAUAUAUGUAUGAAAAACUUUGCCUGUGUGCUGGAGCAAAACCAAAAUUAAUUUUUGAAGGAAACCCGUAUGUAUUAGGAAUCCGGGAUACUGACAGUGCACAGGCUUUUCAGAAGAAUCUGGCUCAAGCUGAGAGAAUAGUAGUGGUAGGAAAUGGUGGGAUUGCACUUGAAUUGGUGUAUGAAAUUCAAGGCUGUGAAGUAAUCUGGGCUAUCAAAGACAAAGCAAUUGGGAACACCUUUUUUGAUGCAGGAGCAGCUGAAUUUCUCAUUCCAAAGCUAACUGCUGAAAACCAAGAUACUCCAAUUGAAUGUAAACGAACCAAGUAUACAACGGAAGGAAGUGGUGAAAAAGAAAGACCUGUAGCAGCAUCUGAUGUACUGGGCAGUGCCUUGGGCCCCGAUUGGCAUGAGGGCUUACGUCUUAAAGGGACUAAAGAGUUUUCUCAUAAAGUACAUAUUGAAAUACUAUGUGAAGUAAAGAAAAUACACUUACAGCAAGAAUUUAUACAACUGCAACGGACUUCUUUGGCUUUUCCUAAGGAAGAGAAAAAUAUAGAACCAGAUGAGGUGCUAUGGCCUGUAUACGUGGAAUUAACUAAUGGAAAAAUUUAUGGAUGCGAUUUCAUUGUCAGUGCAACUGGAGUUGUGCCAAAUGUUACACCAUUUCUUGAUGGCAAUAAUUUUGCUGUAGGUGAAGAUGGAGGUCUUAAAGUCGACAAACACAUGCGCACGUCCCUGCCAGGUAUCUAUGCGGCCGGGGAUAUCUGCACGGCCUCGUGGGAACCCAGUCCGGUGUGGCAUCAGAUGAGACUGUGGACUCAAGCUAGGCAGAUGGGAUGGUAUGCAGCAAAAUGUAUGACAGCAGAUGCUUUAGGGGAAUCUAUUGAUAUGGAUUUCUGCUUUGAACUGUUUGCUCAUGUUACGAAAUUUUUCAAUUACAAGGUGGUGGUUUUGGGAAAAUACAAUGCUCAAGGCUUGGGUUUAGACCAUGAACUGAUGCUGAGAUGUACCAAGGGACAAGAGUAUGUUAAGGUAGUGAUGCAGAACGGCCGAAUGAUGGGAGCUGUGCUGAUCGGUGAAACGGACUUGGAAGAAACCUUUGAAAACUUAAUUUUAAAUCAAAUGGAUCUUUCAGCCUAUGGUGAAGAUCUCUUGAAUCCAGAUAUUGAUAUAGAAGAUUAUUUUGAUUAAACAAAGCCCCAUUUUGCAUAAAGUUUUGACACUGAGUAAUAUGUCUUAUAAAACUGUUUCCUCAGGAUUACCAGAAAUGAGGGAUAAACGCAAUUCCUUUUUAAGAUUUUGUGUUGAUCUUGCCAAAAUACUGACUGGCAAAUUAAAUUAAUCUGUGUAGAAAUGCAGCAACAAAAGCAAGUGGAUUAGUGUUGGCAAAUGGUUUUUGUCUAGAUUAGAUGAGCGUAUGAGAACGGGGCUAU